AUCAGCCCAUAGGCCCCAAACUCAGUUUCAUCAAAUAGAGAAAAACCCCUUUUACUCUAGGGUUUAAUCACAUUUCCUCUGUUCAUCAUCUUCGUACUCAAUCUUCCGUCUCUCCCCUCUUUGCAAAUCGAUUUAGGGUUCAACAAUGAGCAGAUCAGGACAGCCUCCAGAUCUCAAGAAGUACAUGGACAAGAAGCUUCAAAUCAAGCUGAAUGCAAAUAGGAUGGUGGUGGGAACACUUCGUGGAUUUGACCAGUUUAUGAAUCUUGUGGUUGACAACACUGUGGAAGUAAACGGCGACAAUACAUCUGACAUAGGCAUGGUGGUUAUCCGAGGGAAUAGUGUGGUCACUGUCGAGGCUCUUGAACCAGUGAGCAAAAUGAUGCAGUGAACACUUUGGGCAGUGGCUUGGAUUUUAUGUGUGGUAUCAGAUUUAUUAGAACUUGUAAUCUUAAUCUGCUUUGUCAGUUGAAGAAAACUUGUGUAAAGAUUCAAAGCAAAAUUGUGAUUGUAUAUCAGGUAUGCUUUUGGGGUAGACGAGUUGCUGGUUGAAAUUGUUCUUAUUCUUGGAAAUUCAAGUGAUUAGUAAAAAGUUUUACAAAGUUAAUCAGCACACAA